AUGACUGAGCGCAAGGUGUGGCUCGUGACUGCCUGUUCUUCCGGUUUCGGCAAGGAGAUCGUCCUCGCGGCACUCGCGCGCGGAGACCACGUCAUCGCAACGGCUAGAGAUGCCAGCAAGCUUCAAGACCUCGUGGACCUAGGAGCCCGUGCGCUUGCACUGGAUGUGACGGCGAGUGAUGCUGAGCUCAAGAAGGUGAUCGACAAGGCUCUGAGCUUCUACGGCACCAUCGACAUCCUCGUCAACAACGCGGCGUUCCUGCUUGGUGGCGCGAUCGAGGAGUGCUCGGACGAAGAAGCGUACAAACAGUACAACACGAACGUCUUUGGAGUUCUGCGUAUGCUGCGUGCCGUGCUGCCUCACAUGCGCGCCAAGCGAUCGGGAGUGGUAGCCAACAUCGGCUCAGCCAGUGGCUGGGUCGGUAUCAAGACGAUGGGUGUGUACGGCUCCACUAAGUUCGCUCUGGCCGGACUCACGUUGGCUCUGCGUGCUGAGCUGGAGCCGUUCGGUAUCGACGUGACGGUCAUUGAACCGGGUUCGUUCCGUACCGCUAUCCUAGGCAAAGGUUUCUCGGCGAUGAAGAAGUCCAUCCCCGACUACCUCCCGAUCACGCAGCCUCUGCACGACCGUAUCAACCGCGUGAACUCGGAGCUCCAAGAGGAGAAGCAGCCUGGUGACGCGGCUAAAGGAGCUCAAGUCAUCGUGGAAGUGCUUACGAAAACUGGUCGUCGUGUCGGGAAGACGAUCCCAAGUCGCAUGUUGCUGGGUAAGGACGCGGUAGCGAUCGGAGACAACGUGCUCAAGGAGAACCGUCGCGAGUUCGACGAUUGGGCCGAAUUGGCAGCGUCUACGGACCACGACGAUCUCCAGGCCAGACUGUAA